AUGUACACCAAAUCCAUUCUCAUUGCUGCCCUCGCUGGCAUUGCAGCAGCCGGUCCUAUUGAAAGCCGCCAACUCUUUGGAGGUACUGGCAGCAGUGCGAGCGAGUUCAGCCAAGGCGGUUGCAAACCAGUUCUCUUUGCUUUUACUCGUGGCUCAACGGAAAUUGGCAACAUGGGAACUGUUGUCGGACCGCCUACCUCGGAUGGCCUGAAGAAGGCAUUUGGAAAAGACAACGUUGCUACUGAGGGCAUCCCUUAUGCUGCUGCACUCGGCACCAACGCACUUCCUGGUGGCACUGAUAGCCGAUCCAAGGAGCUCCUCAAGUCGACGCUCACCUCCAUGGCUUCAAAGUGCCCGGAUUCCGUCAUUGUGUCUUCGGGUUACAGCCAGGGCGCAGCGGUCAACCACCGCGCUAUCGAAGAGCUUGAUGCGGGCGUCAAGGACCAGAUCGCUGGUGUGGUGCUCUACGGCGACACACAAAAGCUCCAGGAUCGCAACCAGAUUCCUGACUUCCCAAAGGACAAGGUCAAGAUCAUCUGCCAGCCUGGUGAUGCUGUUUGCGUUGGUACCCUGGCCGUGUUGCCUGCGCACUUGACGUACGGUCUCCGGGCCGAUGAGGGAGUGAAUUUUCUGGUGCAACAGAUCAAGGGUGCUCAGGCUAAGAUCAAGGCGAGGAAUGCGAAGCGCGAGGCGGAGAAUGCUGCAGCGGUUGUGGCCGAUACUGUCAAGCGUGUUGCAAAGGCGAUUGUCGCCUAG